AAUACAAAUUUCCCCAAAAAAAGUUGAUUAAAAACGGAAAAAAACCAACAAAAAUCUGCUGCACUUCUUUGCUAUUCCUCAUUCGUCACUCUUUGAUAGACUGAAGUUCUAAGGGUAAGAGAUUGAUGAUGCAAGUUUCCGGCUUGUUGCCAGACGUCUCUGUUGUUCUACCGUCGGCUGCUGGAUGCCGGUCGCCGGACGUCAAGCAUUGCAGCUCCUUCUUUGAAGCAAAGUGCUUUUUCUCUCCUGGAUUCUCCAAAAAUUGCUCAUUUCCUAAUCCGAAGUUAGAGAUUGGGCCAGAGAAGUUGAGAACAAGAGGCUUUAUGGUGAGAGCCUCUGGAAAUUCUGGUGGUGAUCUGAUUCCAGUGGCUCCUCUUCAGCUGGAGUCCCCAGUUGGUCAGCUUUUGGCCCAAAUUCUACAAACUCAUCCACACCUACUUCUAGCUACUGCUGAGCAGCAGCUGGAGAAUCUCCAGAGCCAGCGGGAUGGCCAAAAGGAGACAACUGCACCAUCAUCACAAGAUCUCCUCCUCUACAAGAGAAUAGCUGAAGUGAAAGAGAAAGAAAGAAGAAAGACAUUGGAGGAGAUAAUCUAUUGCUUGAUUGUGCAAAGAUUUGUAGCCAAUCAUAUAUCAAUGAUCCCUAAAAUAUCAACAACUUCAGAUCCAACUGGCAGGGUGGACUUGUGGCCAAAUCAAGAACAGCAGUUAGAAUCUGUGCACUCCGCUGAGGCAUUUGAGAUGAUACUGAGCCAUUUAUCUCUUGUUCUUGGAGAACGCGUUGUGGGACCCCUGGACACAAUUAUACAGAUCAGUAAAAUCAAGCUUGGCAAGCUUUAUGCUGCUUCAAUUAUGUAUGGGUAUUUCCUCCGAAGAGUUGAUGAAAGGUAUCAACUCGAAAGAUCCAUGAACACGCUUCCUGAAGGUUUUGGUGAAGAACGUGUAAGAUUUGAAGAGCCCACACCAGAAAAGCAACUAUGGGAUCCAGAUUCAUUGAUACGAAUCUAUCCUGAUGAGGGCGAUGGGGGAGGUAUAGUCGACUCUAGCAGUGAAGAAAAGUCAUACAAAUUGAGAUCAUAUGUUAUGUAUUUGGAUGCAGAAACUCUUCAGCGGUACGCGACCAUAAGAUCUAAAGAGGCAAUAUCUCUGAUUGAAAAGCAGACGCAGGCAUUGUUUGGACAGCCCGAUAUUACUGUUACUCAAGAUGGUUCCCUUGAUGCAUCUAAUGACGAAUUAGUUUCUCUUACAUUUUCUGGACUUACAAUGCUGGUACUGGAGGCAGUUACAUUUGGAUCGUUUCUAUGGGACACUGAAAAUUAUGUUGAAUCCAAGUAUCCAUUUAUUAACAGCUAGAGGUACUAUUCCUUUCUCCUGUUUCAUUCCUUUCUGGAGAAAUCAAAAAUUCUUUCAGCUUUGUAAAUCAUUGUGCUUGUUGCGACCUUGCGAUAUGAGAUAUAAUAGAGCAGCUCACUAACUUUUCAUCUUUGUUACA